GAACCGCAAUAACGCGAAGAUAACAGUCGGUACAGAAUUUAAAUCCUAGAAGGUCACUGAAUAUUUCGAAGCAUCUAUAAAUAAACGGCUAUUGAAAUUCAGCCCCUGCCUUCGUUCUGUGCUGACAAACUUCAAAAUAUUCAUUAUGCCAAGCUCCAGCGAAGACGAGUUCAACACUACAGACCUAGACAACACCUUCAGCUGCCGGGCUUGUGAUAGAUCAGACGCCGCAGACAAUCUAGUUGCUUGUGAUAAGUGCUCCGACUGGCUGCACUAUUCGUGCGCCGGAGUAGGUCCGGAAGUAAAAACACAACCAUGGACUUGUAGCAAGUGUCGGGAACCACCACCAAAAACUGUUUCACACCGCACGUCGUCAUCUGUUCGGAAGGCUAAACUGGAACUCGAUCUUCAACGCCUGGAAGAGGAAAAGAAACUUGAGCAACGAUUCCUGGAAAAACGGUUUCGUAGGCUGGAAGAAUCCAUACUCGAUGGAGAAGACGGGAAUGUUAGCGUGAAAUCUCGUCCAGAAGUGCCGGUUAUCGAGAAACAGAAAAGAACAGCCGAAUGGGUAAUUCAAACCGGUUCCGAAUUGGAAGGAGCAGUAGGAGGAGCGAAUCUGCCGGAUCCGGAAAACGCCAAAUCAACGUUAGUAGAGAAUCCGAUACCCAACUUACAGCAACUGUUACAGGCUUGUCAAGGAUCUGAGAAACCCACGCUCAGCCAACUAAAAGAACUUCAGGAAAUGCUGCUGCAAUGUCAGCUUGAGCAGGAGCCAGAGAAAGCUCGUAGGAAUAAACAACCUGCCGACAGCCAGCGGAUAAAUACCCAGUUUGGAAACGUUCGUGCAUCGAACCUAAACCGUCCUGAGGUUCAACGACCGCUAUCAAAACCACCGUUAGAAGCUCCUAUGUCGCAGCGAGUUGCAGCGAAGGGAGCCGUGCCGAAAAACAUCAGUCGUUCUAAAAAAUCAGCAGACAGGAGCCAAGUGCAGUUGCCGUGUAUUCCUGAAAUAAGCUCCGAACAACCCGUGAUAAUCAACAACGAACCAAAUCACACCUCUUCGGAAAUCGCUCAAGUACCUGAAAACGCUAGAGCAAACGAGGUUUUAAAUUAUGAGAUUCCUCGUUUGGCUCCCUCACAGAAGCAGCUUGCGGCAAGGCAAAUGCUACCUAGGGAUUUACCAGAGUUCUCGGGAAAUCCAGUAGAUUGGCCAGUCUUCAUAAGUCAUUACAAUUAUACAUCGGAAGCUUGUGGCUUUAACGACGGGGAAAACAUGAUCCGGUUACAACGGUGCCUCAAGGGAUCAGCCUGGGAGGCAGUCCGGAGUAGACUGAUUCUCCCGGCUUCUGUUGGACACGUCAUCGAAACUUUAAGGAUGCGCUUUGGGCGCCCAGAAUUAUUAAUUGAAUCGCUGAUCGAGCGAGUUAAAGCGACCCCUGCUCCAAAGGUCGAUAAAUUGGAUACCGUCAUCGAAUUUGGAACAAAGGUUCAAGCCCCACAUAGAAGCUGCUGCCCUAACAGACCAUUUAGCGAAACCGACAUUGCUGAAAGAUUUAGUCAACAAGCUUCCCGCCGAAUACAAAAUGAGGUGGGCGAGCUUUCGUAG